CCUCCUGAUUGCAUUUCAUUACCAAAGCAAAUCCCAUGGACACUCCCGAAUUCAAGAGGACCGGAUGUGUAUUUCACCUGUGGGAAGGAGCACUGAAUAUUUGUGAACAAGAAUAUAAAUAGUUUCAGGAAAGAACACUGACAACUUCAAAGCAAAAUGAAGUUCUUUCUGUUGCUCUCAGCCAUCGGGUUCUGCUGGGCUCAGUAUGCCCCAAAUACCAAACCUGGACGGACAUCUAUUGUUCAUCUGUUUGAGUGGCGUUGGGUUGAUAUUGCUCUUGAAUGUGAGCGAUACUUAGCUCCCAGAGGAUUUGGAGGGGUUCAGAUCUCUCCACCCAAUGAAAAUGUUAUAAUUAAUAACCCUUCAAGACCUUGGUGGGAAAGAUACCAGCCAAUUAGCUACAAGUUAUGUACAAGAUCAGGAAAUGAAGCUGAAUUCAGAGACAUGGUGACCAGAUGUAACAACGUUGGUGUUCAUAUCUACGUGGAUGCUGUGAUUAACCAUAUGUGUGGAAAUGGUGUGAGUGCGGGAACAAGCAGUACUUGUGGAAGUUUCUUCAACCCCGGAACUAGGGAUUUUCCCACAGUCCCGUUCUCUGCUUGGGAUUUUAAUGAUGGUAAAUGUAAAACUGGAAGUGGAGACAUUGAGAACUACAAUGAUCCUUAUCAGGUCAGAGACUGUCGUCUGGUUGGUCUUCUUGACCUUGCACUGGAGAAAGACUAUGUGCGUUCCAAGGUUAUUGAGUAUCUGAACCAUCUCAUUGACAUCGGUGUGGCAGGUUUCAGAAUCGACGCUUCUAAGCACAUGUGGCCCGGAGACAUGAAGGCUAUUCUGACUAAGCUGCAUCAGCUGAACACAACCUGGUUCCCUGAAGGAAGUCAACCUUUCAUUUACCAGGAGGUAAUUGAUCUGGGUGGUGAGCCAAUUAAAUGCAAUGAGUACUUUGACAAUGGCCGUGUGACGGAAUUCAAGUAUGGUGCCAAACUAGGCACAGUUCUGCGCAAGUGGAGUGGAGAGAAGAUGGCUUACCUGAAGAACUGGGGAGAAGGCUGGGGCUUCGUGCCUUCCGACAGAGCGCUCGUCUUUGUGGAUAACCAUGACAACCAGCGGGGACACGGAGCUGGAGGAGCGUCUAUCCUCACAUUCUGGGACCCUAGACUAUACAAAAUGGGAGUAGGAUUUAUGCUCGCUCAUCCUUAUGGAUUUACACGCAUAAUGUCCAGCUUCCGUUGGCCAAGGUAUUUUGUGAAUGGAAAAGAUAUUAAUGAUUGGACUGGGCCACCAAAUAAUAAUGGAGUAAUUAAAGAAGUCACUAUUAACCCAGAUACUACCUGUGGCAAUGGCUGGGUCUGUGAACAUCGGUGGCGUCAAAUAAGGAACAUGGUUAUGUUCCGUAAUGUAGUUGAUGGCCAAGAUUUUACAAACUGGUGGGAUAAUGGUAGCAACCAAGUAGCCUUUGGGAGAGGAAACAGAGGAUUCAUUGUCUUUAACAAUGAUGACUGGCCAUUAUCUGUAUAUUUGCAAACUGGUCUUCCUGCUGGCACAUAUUGUGAUGUUAUUUCUGGAGAUAAAGUUGAUGGCAACUGCACAGGAAUUAAAAUCUACGUUUCUGGUGAUGGUAAUGCUCACUUUUCUAUUAGUAACUAUGCCGAAGAUCCAUUUAUUGCAAUUCAUGCUGAAUCCAAAUUAUAAAAAUUGAAAUAAAUACAUAU